CUGCUGCUUGGUACAAUGAAUCUACAAAGGGGCCUGCUGCACUCUUUGUUCCGUGUUCUUACGGUGCUUAGCACAAUGGGGUUCUGCUCCAUGACUAGGUAUCCUAAGUGCCCAGUAGAGACUUCCCCUGUCAGAGGGGAGCUCCCUGAGUGGCUGAACUUUUGCCUUUCACCAUUUUGUGAGUUGCUUGCAGUCUUCAGGAUGCCUGAACCAGCAAAGUCCGCUCCUGCACCCAAAAAGGGCUCCAAGAAAGCGGUGACCAAGACCCAGAAGAAAGGGGACAAGAAGUGCCGCAAGACCAGGAAGGAGAGUUACUCCAUCUACAUCUACAAGGUGCUGAAGCAGGUUCACCCCGACACCGGCAUCUCCUCUAAGGCCAUGGGCAUCAUGCAUUUCUUCAUCAAUGACAUCUUCGAGCGCAUUGCUGGGGAGGCGUCCCACCUGGCGCAUUAUAACAAGCGCUCCACCAUCACCUCCUGGGAGAUCCAGACCGCCGUGCGCCUGCUGCUGCCCGGGGAGCUGGUCAAACACGCCGUGUCUGAGGGCGCCAAGGCUGUGACCAAGUAAACCAGCUCCAAGUAAGCAGGGGGCUGUGCCGCUCUGGGAAGCUGUUACACCUAAAACCAUCACUCACCCAGUGUAGGGGGCAUAUUGAAGUUGGGAGACAUUUGGAAUAUGUCAGAGUGGAGCAUUGCUACGUCAAUAUUCCAUAGGUUUAGGGUCCAUUAAGUGCCCUCCACCACUGGUGCCAUUUGGAGCAGCCCAGCAGCUCGUCUAACUCAUUCUGAGGCAUGGGCUAGUAAUGAGAAUGAAGGAGAAGGUGGGCUUUUGUUUUGUUUUCUUACUAGUAACCAAAAAAGUCUAGAGCACUUUUAAAGAGCUUUCCAAAGGGAUCAUCUGUGAGUCAAUAUUAUUUGAAAAAUAUUUAUCCUAAACUUUAAAAAAAAAUUUAAAAAAGCUAUCACCCUUUCUUUUAAUCACAAAAGUGUCCCUAAAAAUAGCUCCUUCCCAGGAGAAGUUAGAUAGGGAUUGAUUACAACCAGUUCGUCCAGAACAUAUACUAUCUUGGAAUAUAUUUUGUUGUUCUGGGCCUGAUUUUCAUUGGUGUUGAGGAUCAUCAGUUCCAGUUUAAAACCCGUCCUGCAAAGACUUCCGCUUAACUUUUCAAAUGACUCCUCAUAGUGGUGUUAGGAACAUAAUUAAGUCUUUACAAGAUUAGGGCGUUAGAAAAUGCAAAGUCCAGGCACUUAACAUCUCUGAAAAUCAGGCUGUCUAUCAUUCCAAAGUUAAGCAUUUGAUACACCAAAUUAUUUUCUGUAUUGAGUAUUAUUUUGUGUCUGGUUUUUCUGCUAGAUAUGUAUUACACAUACCAAGUGGAAUUUUGCUCUUUGGAUAAAAGUACAUCAAUCAACAGUAUUCCAUAUUGUACACUGUAUGCUUUCCAAUAGUUUUGAAGUAUGUUAUGUAGAUAAUGAACUAAUAUUCUGCAAGACCUGUUUUUAUUCUGUCCAAAGCCUAUGCAAACUUCCAGAGUUUUGGUUUAAAUCAUUUAAAACAUUAAAACAUUGUAAAAUGGUUUCUUUAUAAUCACAUGGGGAUGUGUCAUAGAUGGAAUUUAUACUCCUGUGUAACUAUUGUGGAAGGUCCAAAGAUAUUUCUAACUUUAUAAAUGAAACUAAACAUUUUAAAGGCUCACAAAAAUUUGCAAGUUUUUAAGCCCAAGGUAUUUGUCUUUUACUGUAAGAUUUUAUUUAUAGCAACCUAUAUCAAUAUAGAGCAAAAACAGACCUAAAUUAGUUUACGGAAACAUUGUUACCUUCUUCUUUAAUUGUGGAUUUAGCUAUGCACUCAGACAUACUGCCUUUUAAUUCCUUAAUUAUAUUUCACUUCCUAUAUUUGCUUCUGUUACAUUUCAUUGUUGAAAGAGUUGGGAUUUUUUUUUUGCUACAGUCACACAAUAUCACACAGUAGUAAAGGUACAAAUAUGCAUCAAAGGUUAUAGAAAAAAAUAUCAGUCCAUUCCUUCAAUUGAGAAAUAGUAGGUAAUUGCAAAAUAAAAGACUGUCUUACAGAGGAGCAGUAGCAACACCACAGUUAAAGCUGAGUCAGGAUUCUCAGUUCAGUGGGGCACAUUAACUUCUCUAAUACAUCUAUAUAAUUUU